AUGGCCUCAUCAUAUUUUAGAACUGUUUCGAUUAUUUGGCCACCUUGGGAACUGAGAUCUCACAAAUCGAGUAUUUCCUUAAUAAUUUACCCAGCCAAGCUUUUUCUUUUAUCAGGAAUUUUUACACAUAUAAUGAUUACUUUUACAGUAAUUUCUGCUUGUAUGAUGACAUUUGAUUGCUGAGACUUUUUACCUACAAUCUCGUAUAUAGGUUAUUUUAAAGGGUAUGAUAGGAUUUUUGUAUUGACUCUUUCAGCGUUUAAUCCUGUGCUUCUGCUAUUCUUUUCGGCAGCCUUUGCCAAUUAUGAUGCGACAUUGAGCAAAAUUGACUCUAUAGCAAUGCCUCCCUUUGCAUGUGGACUUGCCUGCUUUCCUGCCGCACCACCUGACUAUUUUAUCCUCCUGAGGUCAAGCAAAGCGAAUGGAAGAAGCAGCAAAGGCUGAGAUAGAGUAAGUCCCAAACCUGCGUAAUCUAAAGAUAUGGGCCGUCCAUGCGCUACCGGCAACAAGCGGAGAGGAGGACCCUGCAAUCCGGAGGAUGGAAACCGUACAGCAAUUCGUAAGUAUUUGAGACAUCACUAGGUGACUUCCUAGGAUCUGGUCGAUCUGAUCGGUAUACUCACCAGAAUUAAUUGGUAUACCAACCAGAAUUCUGAUUAGAAAUUAAGUAAAUAAUAAUAAUGAUUUUAUAACAAUGCUGUUUACGGGGAUUAUUAUUAGCUUUGCUGUUCCUUUUGCAUUUAUUAUUGAUGAAGCGGGUUCGUCAUUUUAUGUCCCUUUGGAACAAGUCCAUCUGGUUAUUGUGGCAGGGAUGAUAAUGCUUGGGAUGAUAUGGGUCACGAUUUCGCUCAAGUGUAUGUAUAAAUUGAAAAAUUAUUCGCUGAAGCAAUCAAGGAUUUUACAAAAUUUUUUGAUUUAUUUAAGCUAAGUAAAUGCUAUAUAAGACCAUAAGAGGAUAGAUCAAUAGUCUCUCUAUCAGACUUACCGACCUAAUCUAAGGAUUAUCUCUCCAGCUUAAAGCUAGCUCAUGAGGAUUCUCCUUUCAUCCAGAUAAUUAAAGGCAAUCUGCCUCUCGGAGUCCAACGUCACCAUUUUAUCUCUUGAUUUUUUUAGGAGUAUGCUUGUCAAUGCUUUUAAUAACCAUUUGUUUGUGAUACAAUAGUGCAAAUAUUACUAUAGAAUGAAUUGAAGCAAUUUUUGAAUAUAUUGCUGUAUCUUUGAGCAUUUAUUUACCUUUUGCUUAUUCAUUAUCAUUCCAAGUUACAAAAAUAACGAUUUCAGUAAGAUCUUUAAACCAUUCACUUUUGAGCUCUAGCUAG